AUGGAAAAUUUACCAUACUGUUUGGACCACAACAGACAAAUUUCUCAUAUAGAUACUAAUAUUGGAACACCUAAAGGUAAAAGAGUUCUUUGUCCUUUUUGUGUACUAAAUAGACCUUAACCAAUUGAAUAGGCUAUAUAAUUAAAAAUAGAGAAGAGUAAGGAGGAAAUAAAACUAUAUGAAAAAUUAUAUAACUAAUGUUUAGCUCCAAUUCAGGAAUUUAUAAAAUCUUUAGCUACUUUAAAGAAUGAAUUUUGCAAAAUUAUAGAAAUGAUUGAAUGCAAUUUAACUUAAGAAAAAGAGAAAAUAAUUAAUGAAAAAGAGAGAAUUCUUAAAAGUUUGAACUUAGAUUGUGAACAUUUAACAAUUUCUAAACUUUAAGAUAUUGGUGAAGAAUUAAGUUAAUAGAAUUAGAAUAAUUUUUAAUAAGAUAAAAAUAAUCUUGAAAAAUAAUUAGAUAACAUUAUGAAUAGUAAAGAAUUAAUUCUAUUAUCUGAAAUUAAAUCCUCAUUAGAUCAAAUUUAAUCCUAAUUUUAAUAAUAAGAAUUUUUGAAAAAUAUCAAAGAUGGUCAAAUGAAGUUCCAUUAAUUCCAAAAAAAACAAUUCUCAUUAGAUUGUUAUGCUACUGCUAUUAAUAAAAGUGAAACAUUAUUAGUAGUGUCACAUAAUAUAGAAUUAAAAUUAUUUGAAAUUAAAUAAGAUGGAAUUAAUGAAUUAGAUAUGAUAAAAGAUUUUGGAUUCUUUUAUGAAAUUGUUUUUGACAAAAACGAUGAAAAUCUUUUGUAUUUAGGUGAUUACAAUUCAUGUUUAAGAGCAGUUAGAAUUUAAAAUAGAAAAAUGAAAAUUGUGAACUCUUUUAUUAAAUUUGAUCUAGCAGUUCCAUGUUUAGUAUGUAAUUCGAAUUCAGAAGUUAUUGUUUCAAGUUAGGACUUAAGUUUUAGAUCCUAUAAAUUAGUAGAUGAAGUAUUUACUCUUAUUUAAGAUAUUGGUGGAGUAGAUAAAGAAAUAUCUUCAAUUACUUUAAGUUAAGAUGAAACUAUGAUGGCAACAAGUCAUAUUAAUUUUGUCAUUAAAAUUUGGGAAAAAAAAGAAAAAAUGUGGUCUAUAAGUUAAGAUAUAUCUACAAAUAGAGAAAGUAUGAUUGGAAGUUAGAUAAGACUAAGAAAAGACAGAAAUGCUGUUUGUUUUUUAAAAUUAAAUAUUUUAGCUUAUCUAACUGACACAGGAAUUCUUAGAUUUUAUAAAAAAGAUGAGUCUGAUACAUUCUAAUAUUUUAUGGAAUAUUAAUAUUCAGUAGAUAACGGUAAUCAUUUUCCUUGCACUUAUUCAUUAAGAUUUAAUUAUGAUUCAGGAAUGUUAGUAUGUCAUUAAUACCAUAAAUUAUCAGUUUUAAAACAAAAUGAAGAUGGUUUAGUUUAAGAAUUUUAAGAGAUUAAUAAUAUUAAACAUUAAAUUGUUGGAUGUUCACUGUCAUUGACAUUUUUAGUAGCUUAAGAUAGUUAGAAUUUUACAUUUUAUAUAUUAAAACUUAGAAAAUGA